AUGGCGGGUGCGGUUGCUGUGCCAGGACUUUGGUGGUGGGUGGCCAAUGACGACGAUGCGCCCAGUCUCGUCGGUCCGCCAACCACGCAUCUAUUUACCGAACCGGGCCCCUCCAAAGACGAAGUAACGCAGAUUCUAUCACAGGAAGCAUAUUCCUGUCGGGUCAGAAAUAUUCCCGGAGUUGACAGAUACGACGGCACACAACUGAGUUCCAACUCGCCGUGCGAGGAUAGGUUCGCCCAUGGGAAAUUUCCUUCACCGUGGAAUGACGGCAGUCAGUGGAUGGCUUUGGGUGUCUUUGAUGGACAUGCUGGCUGGCAGACUGCGGACUUGCUGGAAAAGCAACUCAUACCUCAUGUACAGCAAACCUUGAGCCAACUCAAACCAGCUUCGACGGGCGAACCCAUACCCGAUGAGAUUGUUCAGCGAGCUAUUGCGGCAGCGUUUGUGAAUCUCGACAACUUGAUUAUCAAGACAGCCUUGGAUACGGCAGAGAGUACCGAGCCACUGCAGGACAAGAUCAAGAAACAGGCCGUUGCUUAUGCUGGCUCAUGCGCUCUGCUAUCUUUAUACGAUCCCUCCACCAACAAUCUCUACGUGGCAUGCACAGGCGAUUCGAGAGCUGUUCUAGGACAGAGAGGAGCAGACGGCAAAUGGGAGGCGACACCCUUGUCAGUGGAUCAAACCGGCGACAACAAGGAAGAAAUUGCUCGACUUGCCAAAGAGCACCCUGGGGAGGAAAACAUUGUCAAAGAUGGGCGGGUUCUGGGCAUGAUGGUUUCACGCGCGUUCGGUGACGGCCGGUGGAAGUGGCCUUUGGAGUUUCAGCAGGACGCAGUCAAGAGAUUCUACGGCAUUCCACCCCUGACGCCCAAGCAUGAUUUCAAAACUCCGCCAUAUCUGACGGCCGAACCAGUUGUGACGACUACAAAGAUCGACCCGAAUAAGCCUUCCUUUCUAAUCUUGGCAACUGACGGCCUGUGGUACACGCUCAAGAAUCAGCAAGCCGUCGAUAUCGUGGGCAAGUGGGUGGAUUCAAGAACAGCUGGGGACACGAAAAAUGAACCCGCACCAACAUACGCACCAUUCGAGUUUGGCCACUUUUGGAAGGGAGUGACUUAUAGGUUUGCUGGUGAGAGAAUGACAACUGAAGACAACAAUGCUGCUGUGAGUUUACUACGUAACUCGCUCGGUGGAAACCAUCAUGAGUUGGUGGCAGGCCGAUUAGCAUUUUCUGCUCCGUUUGCUAGACGCUUACGAGAUGAUACGACUGUGCAGGUUGCAUUUUUCAACUGCAAGGCUUGA